UGGCGAGGGCGGGCGGGGUUGAGCGGGAAGGAACCAACUGCACAAAGUCAUCUUCCAAUUCCUGACCUUAACCGUUGCCACCCAUCUCACACGUCCACCUCCUUCCCCUGGCGCUCAUUUCCACGCAUAUUCCCGCACCUUCAUCGCCUUACUACCUCUCGUCGUGUUCCGGUAUAGCCACUUUAUCAUCGCGCGGCGGGGUGGAGCUGGCAACAAGGCGAGCUGGUGCGGGUGGCGGCGGGAGCUAGCGAGACAGUUACCCUCCUCGCGUGGGGCUGCGGCAAAGCUCCUGUGGUCCUGUGUUCGUGUGUUGGAAACCUUGAAGAUGGACAUUGAACAGCUCAUUUCGGAGGUCUCGCGCACUCAGGCCAUCUGGGACCCGUCGCACACCAAACACAAUGACAGGCUGUUCAUUGCUAACCAGUGGAGGCGGAUUGGCGACAGGCUGGGAGUCACUGAGGAGAUGGCCAAGAAGAAAUUCAAGAACCUGCGUGACCAGUUCAGACUCGAGCUCAAGAAGGUGCCGGAGGGGAGGGCGGGGGACCCCACGCUGCCGCCCGAAGCCUACCUCAGCUCGUGGCCCUGGUUCGGCAUGAUGUUCUUCCUCAGGGACAUGAUUCACAGGCGAGCGAUGAUGGCGGACAGUCUGGCCAACAACGGGAUAGGAGGGAGAGGGGCCAUGACAGAUGCCUUGGGAGGCAUCACGAUAAAGAGGAACUAUGAAGACAUGGAGUCCUCUCAGAGUGACGCUUAUGACGAGGAAAACAGUGCGUUUCAAGACGAAGUUAACUUGUGCGACAGACUCAGUGUGCAAUUCAGGGAACAGAGUGUGAGGCCAAAUGGUAUCAAAAGGUCUCGGGAGGCAGGGCUGCAGGAGUAUCUGGCCGUUGAGAAACAAAGACUUGAGUUGCUUCAGCGGCAGCAGGAGGAGGAAGGGGACUCAGACCGUAUGUUCCUGCUGAGUCUCCUGUCCCCCAUGAAGGCCUUGGAGCCGCGCCGGGCACACAUGUUCCGCCUCAAAGUGCAGCAGCUGCUCUACGACGCUCAGUACUCACAGAAUUUCGGGAAAUAAAUUUACUCAUUACU